CAUGGGUUGUGUUCUACCAAGUGCGGUAAUCAAGCAUUACUGAAAACUGAUGUAAAAGGUGCAAUAUGUAAUACAAUAUAUUUAGCACUGGCUCAUUCUGUCGAGUAUUACAGACAAAAAUCAUCAACACAUUGUUUACAUACCAUCGAAGCGUUUGUUUAGCUGACUGAUACAGUGCAGAAGUCUUAUGUUACGCUGUAUUAUCGCAAAGAAGAGGGCUUUGAGCAACUGACCUUUCCUUUCUGAUCGCAUUGAAUAGUAAAACUUCAACCACGAUGGGAUGUGACGGCGGAACUAUACCUCGUCGCGAUGAGCUUGUACGAACUAAGCAGAAGGACGAACAGAAAGAUAUGCAAGCAGAGAACGCGUUUAAAUGGAAACACUGCGCAAUUUCGCAGCAAGCACUGAAGCAACCGAUUGUGGCAUGUGAUUUAGGUCGACUGUAUAAUAAGGAGGCCGUCAUUCACUACUUACUUCGUCGUGUCGAGUCACCUCUAGAAACAGCCGCACACAUUCGGCAGUUAAAAGAUGUUACUGAGCUAGUCCUCACGGACAACCCCGCUUUCAAAUAUGUACAGACCAAAAAUACUGAUUACGUUGACCAUGCUGUUGCAGCUUAUAUCUGCCCUACUACCGGCCUUGAAAUGAAUGGGAAGUACAAAUUCGUGUUCAACCGUCGAUGUGGCUGUGUGUUUAGCGAACGUGCCCGCAAGAACGUUAGCUCUGAGAAGUGUCUUAAAUGCAGUGGUCUUAUGAAUCCUAGCGAAAUUAUCAUUCUGAAUCCUAACGAAGAAGAACGAAAGGAGAUGGAGGUUCGAAUGAUUCAGCGAAAAUGUGCUGCUAAAGCGGCUCGGAAGAAGGUAAAGAAUGAGACUAACCCGAAGGUUGAAAUUGACCCUCAAGAUGCUGCUGGUCCAGCAUCAAAAAAAAUAAAACAAGAGAAGAUGAAACCGAUAAAACAGGAGGUAACUACGUCGUCAAGCAAUUCUGCUGGCAAGUCUUCUUAUUCAAUAGCAAACGACCCUAACGCUUCCGAAGCUCUGAAGUCUCUCUUUACAUCACACGAAAGUGCAAAGAAUAAACCUACGGCGCACUGGAUUACACAUAAUCCUCUGUUCUAUUAGGUGACAAUCUUAUGAGGCUUUCCUCUGGAAAUAAGCUUGAUAUUUGUAUACACAUGUAAAUAAAGAACUACAUUAUAUAUAAAGAACGAAACUGAUUUUUUAUGCAUCUUACU